GCGAUAUUUAGGAUGCCUAGGUGUUACCUUCUAGGGAAAGCCGAGAAGAUGCUAGAUUAGUUCCGGGUUUAACUGCAACAUGGCAGCGCCCUUAGCUCUCCACCUGGAGUUCGGGGGAGGAGCUGAACUUCUGUUUGACGGAGUCAAGAAUCAUCAUGUGACACUCCCCAGCCAAUCAGAUCCCUGGGACAUGAAGCAGCUGCUUGCAUGGAUCCGAGGGAACAUGCUGAAGGAGCGCCCCGAGCUCUUUAUGCAGGGCGACACUGUUAGACCCGGUAUUCUUGUAUUGAUUAACGACGCAGACUGGGAACUGAUGGGAGAACUGGAGUACCAGCUUCAGGACCAGGAUAAUGUUGUAUUUAUCUCCACACUUCAUGGAGGUUAACUGACUCUUAAAGAAGCACUACCAUCACCAUACAGGAGCCCCUGCACCCUUCAAAAGAAAAUGUAUCGUCAUCGGGAAUCUGGCUGCGGCUGGCCUGUUUGCUGUCCCCUGCACCUUACAGGAGCAUGGCGGGGUUACGAUGGGAGCACCAGCUCAUUAGGAAGGUCACUCUCUGUCUAGCCAGUGUCCAGAUGGAUUCUCUGGAGACGUGGUGGAUGCCCCAUGUCAAAUGGCUCCAUUAUAAUUUUAAUUUGUUUUCUUUCGAUGCAUUAAAAAGCCAUACAUUGUAUGUUUACUUUGUAAGACUUUUGCUAGUUUUGUUUUGGAUGAAUAAAUAUCUAUUAAAAAA